AUGGCCGAUCUGGACGCAAUGCUGGCCGCGUGCCUUGGUUUCGACAAUCAGGCGCGCAAGGCAGCCGAAAAGGCGCUGAAACAGCUGUCCGGCCACGCCGACUACGUGCCAGAGCUUUGUAAGCGGCUUGAGGCGGCGGACGCGCAGGUCCGCCAGCUGGCGGCCGUGCUGGUGCGCAAGGCGGUCAGCAAGCACUUCCCCAAGCUCCCGCCAGAGGCCCAGGCCCGCAUCCGUGCGCUGCUGCUGCAGCGGGUGGUGCAGGAGCCGCUGCACAGCGUGAGGCGCGCCAUCGCUGACGUAGCGGGCGCUGUCGCGCGCAUCGCGGUGCCCCUCAACCAGUGGCCGGCGGGGUGA